UCUCUUUCUCUCGGCUGAGCGGCUCGCCGCUCGGGCCAAUCUGUUAUCGAGUCUGCUAGUGCGUGCGUGACCAGCGAUCUGUUCUGGCUGCGCGCGACGAUAGGACUUAUCACGCGGACGCGCGCGCGCGUCGUCACGGCAAACUGCCAUGAGCCGAUGCGCGGCGCCGGCGACGAGUGCGCGAGUGCUGCCAGUGGGCGCGAUCAGCCGAAGACGUCGUGAUUGGUGCCGAGAGCCGCUGACAUGCUGACCGAGCAGCAGCAGCAGCAGCAGCCGCAGCAGCAGCAGCCGCAGCAGCAGCAGCAGCAGCAGCAGCCGCCGCGGGCCGCCGCCGCUUUAGCUAACCGCAGCUUUCUGUACGGCAGCGCCGCCGCCGGGACCCGGAGCAACGCGCCGAGCGUCUCCGCGUCGGCGGCGGCCCGCAAGAUCGUCUACGCCACGCUCGACAGUCUGGCCUUGCGGCCGCUGCGCCAGUCCGAGCAGCAGCACCACCCGCCGCCAGCGGCGGACCCACGGAGGCACGACGAGUGGACGAGGCCCAGCUACACGUUCCCCGGCCUGGCGGCCGACAGCAAGCAGCGGCAGCAGAAGAAGAGCCAAAAGAAGCAACAGCAGCAGGAGGCGAGCGACCAUCACGGCGGCGGCGGCGGCGGCGGCGGCAGCGCGCGUUUCGCUUUCGCCCGGAACGUGCUGCACUACGUGCCGAUGCAGAGCCAGCGCUACUACCGCAAGUCGCGCAAGCUCGCCGGUAAAAGCCUGUCGCUCAAGUCCCUCGCCGGCCAGGACGCGGCCGCGAGGCCGCGCAGCCUGUCGCGGGACGAGCUGCGCUACGUGAGCAUCUCGCAGCCCAGCAACUUCGUGCACGUGGAGUCGGGCGACCGGCUGCGACUGCUCAGCCGGCCCGAGUACGCCGAGCUGGCGCGCCUCGGCGCCUCCGCGCUGCUGCUCGACGGCGGUCCCCGGCUGCGCCAGUCGGACGACGACGACGACGACGACGACUACUACGACGACGUCGGCCCUGCCGCCCCUCUCCUCCGCGCGUCCACGGAGCGCGAGGCCAGCUCGCCGAGCGAGGAGCCACGCGGCUUCGAGCCGCCGGACGAGGCGUACGACGACGUGGGUCCCCCCGCGUUGACGGAGCGGGGCGACCCGCCGGACCCGCACCAGGAGGAGGACUGCCGGCUGUACGACGACGUCGGCCCGCCGCAUUGCUUUGCCGAGCCCGAAAGCGCCGCCCGGCCGGACAAAGAGGAGGCGCCGGAGGAGCGAGCCGAGGUCCCGCGGGAGGCGCCGGCGGCCGAGGGGCAACAAGAGAGCGACGACGACGUGUACGACGACGUGGGCCCGGCGAGCGCGGCGGCGCCCGACGCCGCGCACGAGGCGCACGAGCGCGUCAACAGCCUGUACUCGGGCUCGCUGCAGGCCUGCGACAAGGAGUCCGAGUGGGAGGACCUGGAGGAGCCGAGGGCGCAGCAGGCCAGCCAGCCGGCGCGCGCCAGGAGGAAGCCGGCGGCCGGCGCGCGCAGAUGGUCCUGCAAGCUGCGCCGUCAGAGGAGCAGGGCCUCGCGCAGGAGCUCGGCGCGCUCGGCCAGCCGCGGCCGCGGACCAGCGUCGAGCCCCGGCAGCGUUGCGGUGAGCCUUGGUAGCGGCUCGAUUCUCGUGCUGGGAUCGGAGGAGGCCGAGCCGCGGACUCGGCACCAGGCCAACGCCCGGCAGAGCGACGGCCACGAGGACGAGGCGACCGAGUGCAAGGGCUUGCUGCAGCUGCGAGUGGUGCUCGUCGACGACGGGGCCCAGGUGCACGAGACCUCGCUCUACGUUGCCGAAGACUCGUCGGACGACGGCAACUACGAGACGCUGCAGACCUACGAGCCGGACGACUUCAGCAGCGACUCCGAGCACGAAGAGGAGAAGGAGGUGGGCUCGGUCGGCGGCUCGCCGAUACCGCAGCAGCAGCAGCAGCAGCAGCAGCCGCCCAGCCGACCGGUGCCGCCGCCGCCGCGGGAGCAGAGUCUGAGCCACAGCCUCGGGCGGCGCAUGCGCAUGCUGCGGCGCACCUGGAGCAUCACCAAGGGCAGCCUGGGCCGCAUCGGGCGCCGGGCGUCCGCCGACGCCGAGGACGGCGCGCGGCAGGACCCGCGCAACUACUUCGGCUUCGGCCGGCCGUUCCGCAAGCGCCAGGCCGGCCAGGCGCUGUCGACCUUCUACCUGGAGCGCGGCCUGUCGUCGGGCGCCAGCAGCGAGAAGGGCAGCAGCUGCAGCGCGGGCAGCGGCAGCGAGGGCCAACACGAGCCGGCCUACCUCGAGCGGCUCAAGGCGGACGGCCAGUCGGGCAGCGCGCUGGCGCGCGAGCCGCUCUACCAGUUCUACGCGGCGGACGCCGCCAGGGUGGCCUUCGAGUCCGACUCGGACGGCUACGAGCAGGUGGAGGAGCCGGCGCCCGCGCGGACGGCCGCCGAGCUGGCGAGGCCCGGCCAGCGCACGCUCUGGUGCCAGACGCCGCGGGUCAUCGGCGGCGGGCUCUCGCAGGGCCUGACGCCGGAGCAGCGCCGGCUGCAGGAGGCCAAGUUCGAGAUCCUGACCUCGGAGGCCUCCUACCUGAACUCGCUGCGCGUGCUGGAGGGCGAGUUCGCGGGCAGCCGCGAGCUGGCGCGCGACCUGCUGACGGCCGGCGAGCGCGACCGGUUGUUCGGCGCGGUGCCCGAGGUGCUGGCCGCCUCGGAGCGCUUCCUCGCCGAGCUGGAGGCCGAGUGGCGCGAGGACCCCAUGCUCGGGCGCCUGGCCGGGCUGCUGCUCGGGCACGCGGAGCGCAGCGCCGACGCCUACGUGGCCUACUGCUCGAGCCAAGUGAACAUCGACGUCACGCUGAAGGAGCUCAGGGCGAGCAAGGGCCACCGGUACCUGGAGGCGCUGUCGAGGAUCGAGGCGCGGCCGGCCUGCCACAGCCUCUCGCUCCACUCGUUCCUCAUGCUGCCCAUGCAGAGGAUCACCAGGCUGCCGCUGCUCGCCGACGCGGUGCUGUCCAAGCUGUCGGCGGACCAGGCCGAGCGCGCCGACUGGGAGCGGGCGCUGUCGACGCUCGGCCGCACGGUGGGUCGCUGCAACGAGGGCGCGCGGCUCGCCGAGCGGCGCAACCAGCUGGAGGCGCUGGCCAGGAGGCUGGAGUACCCGGACGGGCUGGCGCCGGUAGAGCUGCGCGGCCGCGAGCUGAUCCGCAGCGGCACGGUGGUGCAGCUGUCGAGCCGGCACGACGCCGAGCACCGGCUGACCUUCGGGCGCAAGUUCCACAAGACGCCGCUGAUGCUGAUGCUGCUCACCGACUACCUGCUGCUGGCCAAGCUCAAGCCCAACAGCUGCGGCGAGGAGAGCUACGCCGUGGUGGAGGCGUGCAAGCGCAGCCUGGCGGCGCUGGAGCGCGCGCCCGAGGACGGCCCGUUCGCCGGGCGGCGCGCGAUGCUGCUGACGCUACUGGAGAACCAGGCGGGUCGCCAGGUGGAGCUGGUGCUGAGCUGCGACAGCGAGACCGAGCGCGAGCGCUGGCUGGACGCCGCCUCGCCGCCCAAGCCCAGCUGCCUCGGCGAGACGCUCUACGAGUCGUGGGACUGCCCGCAGGUCAUGGCGCUCUACUCGUACGCGCCCCGGCAGCCCGACGAGGUGGGCCUGCAGCCAGGCGACGUCAUCAACGUGCUGCGCAAGACCAGCGACGGCUGGUUGUUCGGCGAGAGGCUGCUGGACGCGCGUCAGGGCUGGUUCCCCGGCAACUUCACCAAGGAGGUGGCCUCGGAGCACGCGCGCGCGCGCAACCUGCGCCAGCGCCACCGGCUGCUCGCCCUCGGCGCCAGCCAGCUGCAGCGCCGCGCCAAGCCGGCGCUCUCGCUGCUCUGAGCCGCGCCGCCCGCUCGGGCCGUGCUCCUCGCUGCCGGCCCCUUGUCCAUAUGUAAAUAGGUUCGUUUGGUCGCUCCCGUGCGAUGCCCGCGACUGUUGACCUUGCCGACCGUGCCUCCCGCAAAUACGCCCGCCCGAGUACGCGGAAUACGAGGCGCUCGCGAGCUCCCACUCGAUCGUGGAAUCGCCUGCAGCCACUGUAUCCUCGAUGGAAAGCGCGAGAAGAAUCGCGCGCGUAAACGCGGCUUUUCGAUGCUGGCCUUUCAUCAUUUUUAAUUAACGCGCGAACGCCGGGUUUCAGCGAAACAAAGGCGCGCAGUUGUGCGCCUAAACAAUGUGAGCGCGCGCUCUCGCUCUCUCUCUCUCUCUCUCUCUCUCUCUCUCUCUCUCUCUCUCUCUCUCUCUCUCUCUCGGUCUCUCGCUCUCGCUCUCUGAAUUUCCAAAUCCCGCUCGGAAACGUAAUCGCGAUAAGCGAGAGAGCUCGAGGGGCAAGAAAGGGCGGGUUGUCCAUUGACGCGGUUCGUCGAAAAACAGCGGCAGCAGCGCGGAGAUGCAGCACGAGCUGGCAAUUAGAGCUAUCGAAGAGAGAUAGAGCACGCUGCGCAAGUGGCCGCCGGGCAGACCAUUAGCUCUCUUCGGGCGUGCGCGUGGAGGGCGGGAGGCAGCGACUGCAUUGGCCGCGGAUAGGCGGAGGUCCUUCGAAGCAGUCCGACUUCUCCGGGGCGCGCGCGUCAAUCGCCUCCCGAGCCUCCGGCAUAGCCGCGACAUAGUCGAGACGGCGCUACGCAAAAAUUGACGCGCGAGCGGAACCUGGUCAGGCCGCCUGGAAAACUGGGGAGCCCGGGUGCUAUGUAGCGCGCUAUUGGUAUAGGGGGCGAUGCCCGUUCGAUAGGUUCCCCCCGCCCUUCUGACCGCCGCCGCCGCCGCCGCCGCCGCCGCCGCCGCCGCCCUCCUCGCCGAAAACCUCCUGGCAGCUCGCGCGCGCUGUCUUUCCUCUCCGAGUCGGACGAUCGCUCGGCUCCAAUUUGAUGGAUGCGUCGAGGCGCGAUCUCGGAUUUAUUCGUCGCCGUCGCGGAUCCAAUUUGCCGCGGUUCUUAAUCCCGUCGACCUCUCGCUUCGCCGGGCGAAACCGCUGCCUCGAACGACCGACUUGCUCCGCGAAAAAUGCCAAUUAUUUAUCCGUCCGGCGGGGUCGACGGGCGCUGCGCCGUUUGGCUCGUCGACGAGCUAAUCGAUCGCCACGACCGAAAGGCGAAAAUCAGUCGACGCUCGCGAAUCCAUUACUCGAUUGCUCAGUUUGCUCCGACAUGACUGCGCGAGCGGAUUUCCGCGUCCGCGUCCGGUGGAGUUCGCGCGUCGGGAGUGGAGUCCCAACGAAAUAAUUGCGCCGCGACACGAGGGCAGAUUUUUCGAUACAAUAUAAACAGAGAAAGGAGCGAGAGAGAGAGAAGGAGAGAGGGGGGGAGGCAAAGCCCGAUAGUUUCACGCGUACGCGCACCAUGGGAGAAUAUCCGCGCGAGCG